GUUGGCGACGGGGGGACACGUGAGGGAAAGGGACGGGGGCGAGGGAGGGAAGCGGGGGCGGUGGCGGUGUUCCCCGACAGCUGGAGGUUGCAGCCAGCCGCGGCUCUUCGCAGCAACAGCGGCGGCUCCUCCUUCCUCUCCGGGUCGCUUCGCUCGCGCCAGCCCCCGCCUCUCCCCCGCUCUCGCUCCUCCUUAUUGACAAAUACACAAAGGGCCGGGCCGGGCUGGAGAGGCGUCUGGAGCCGGCAUGGGAGACAAGAAGAGCCCCACAAGGCCGAAGCGGCAGCCGAAGCCGUCCUCUGACGAGGGCUACUGGGACUGCAGCGUGUGCACCUUCCGGAACAGCGCCGAGGCCUUCAAGUGCAUGAUGUGCGAUGUGAGGAAGGGCACCUCCACCCGGAAACCUCGACCUGUUUCUCAACUGGUUGCGCAACAGGUGACCCAGCAGUUUGUGCCCCCCACACAGUCAAAAAAAGAGAAAAAAGACAAAGUAGAAAAGGAAAAAAGUGAAAAAGAAACUGCUAGCAAAAAGAACAGUCAUAAGAAAACCAGGCCCAGGUUGAAAAAUGUGGAUCGAAGUAGUGCCCAACACUUGGAAGUUACAGUGGGUGAUCUGACAGUGAUUAUUACAGACUUUAAGGAAAAAACUAAAUCACCACCGGCUUCCAGCGCAGCUUCUGCAGAUCAGCACAGUCAGAGCGGUUCUAGUUCUGACAAUACAGAGAGAGGAAUGUCCAGGUCAUCGUCACCUAGAGGAGAAGCCUCAUCAUUGAAUGGAGAAUCUCAUUAAAGUUUAUUUCCUUCAGUUUCUUUAGUCUUUCCUCUCCAGAACUUGCAAAUACACACAUUGGUCAACAAUUACCACAUUUUCAUGACUUGUUAUGUAUUAUAGUUGAUUUGUAUGUUUACUGAAAUAUGAUUUCUGCAUUUUGUAAGAGUAAAGUGCAGCCAUAAGAUGAAAUUUAAUAGCAAUCUACAAAACAGUUACAAAUAAAAUUUUAAAUCUUCAUAUACAAAGGUGCCAUGAAAAUGUGGUUUGAAUGUUCUUUAUGCAGUGUUACUGGUAAGUCCAUUUCCACUUUUAGUUUAGUGUAUUCUAACACAACUCUUGAAUUCUAUACUGUUGGCAUGUACUGAAUUAAAUUUUUAUAACAUAGUUCAAGCUGCCUAUAUAUGUAUUAUUUGAGAAUUGUGAAACAUAGUUAUAUGUAUGCAAGUCAAUGAUCAACUUAAUCAACUAUUGCUGCAAAAGAAUUUUCGUAACAAUUAUCUUAAAAACACCUGCUGGUACUUGGUGUGGUUGAAUAGGAAAAAUGUUAUUAAAUAAAACAUUUGUAUGAAUUUCUGCCAAUGUCUGACACAUUUUACUAGAUUACUGUUACUGAAUUAUGUUGCUGGCUUUUCCAAUAUUUCCUCACACUUUAGAACAUUUACUGUAAUGUUUACAAGCAAAAGAAAUAGUAAAUUUGUUACAAGCAUUUAUUGUUUAGCUUUAUAAAUCAAGUAUAAUGCUACCUUGUCCUUAUACACUGGUAUUUUAUGUUAUAGAACAUGGACUUGUUCUCAAAUGAUUAGGGUUUUUUAUCUAGAUUUUAAUAUCUAACUACUGUUGAUACCGUAAAUCCAAACGUGAUAUUGUUCUCAUUUUGCUUACUCCUCUUUCCUUAUCCUUUGACUUGCUCAGUGUUAUAGUGAUAUAUCAGUUCAGUUCAGAGGCUGGGAUCCAUGGAGCCUCUUAAGUUUUCAAGAGAGCAUUUGUGGUGGCUUGGGAUUCCUUCCCUCUAGCCAUAGCUCUUGGUACUGCAUGAGAGAACAUUCCAAAAGGGCUCCAAGUCUUGGAUGGUACAGAGAAUUUUGUUUGGAAAUGAUAAGCCUUGGAAGCAUACGUAGAAGCUCUUUAUGCAGUCUUUGGGAUCCAGUCCAGUGAUAUUAAAUGUUGCACCAGAGUGAGAAAAUAAGCAAAUAGCGUGUGUGUGUGUGUGUGCCUGCGUGCGUGUGUAUAUAUAAAUAUAUAUAACAUUUGUUCCUAUAUCAACCUUUGGCUUUUUAAAAUGAUCCUUUAUUAAAUAUUAUAGAGCAAACCAUAGGAAAAAUGCAGUUUUGUUUUUGACAUAGUUGUGAACAUUUAUGCAUUUAGCAAUAUAUAGAAACAGAACAAAAAAGAUUUACAGUCCCAUCUGGUAUUAUGUAAAAUUUCCAAUAAAGUAUUUUUUAUGAGUA